AUGGCUACUAACUUGUGUUGUUCCCAGUGUACUGUUGUGUUCGGUGCAUGUGCCAUUGGCUGGGCCUUCUCACCACAUUUUCGUUGCACUACCAUGUUGAUUGUGCCACAAGCUCUAGGAAGAGAAGGAAGGACAUUCGUGAUGGUAUUUGUCAUCGCUGGCAUUUACAACGGGCCUAUUGCAAAUAUUCAGCACAAUGUUGAAGAGAUUGGCAAGUCUGUGGGAUGUACAGUUGAGAUGCAGGUUAAUCACAGCAAGCAAGUCUGGAAGGUUAUGAUGGUCCCUUUCAAGGACAUGGUGCAGGACCUUGUGAGAGGAGGAAGGGAAUUUGAAGACGAGACUAAAGACAUCGAGCAAUCCUUUGGGGGAAUAAAUGAGCAACUUGCUGGUGAAUAUGGGUAUAAGCUACAGAAACGUGAUGUUAAUGUGAAGAAUGUGUCCACACAAGAGGACUACGAGAUAAAAACAAAGAUGCGCUGUGAAUAUGUGAUUCAGGAAUCUGUUGAGCGUUGCAAGCUCUGGUUUGAUACAAAGUAUGACGAAUGCAUGCGAACUAUUGCUGUACCCAUCAUCAACCAUUUGCUCUGCAUUCCUAUGCAUUUCAGGUUCCUUUGUGAUAUCAUGUAUGUUAUGACUGACUGGUGUAAAAAGCGCAUCCCAGUGGAUGGAAAUUUUGGGCAGACAUAUGACAAAGUCAGUGAUUCUGUCAAUAGCCUUAGUAAGGAGUUCCAUGCAGAAAUGACUGUAAAGGCAGAAGAGCGUGACUCUAUCAUUGGACUAAAUAUCAGCAAAGCUACAAUUUCUGAGGAGCUGAAGCUGCAGAUGGAACAGAAGAAGAUUCUGCUGGAUUCUGCCAUGUCUGUAAUACAAGUGCUUAUCUCCUGCACCUUUAUCUUCCUUUUUUUUGGAGCCUUUCAAUACACAGGCAACUACAACAGAGAUAUCCACUUUGACAACUUUUAUAUUACUACAUACUUCAGGCAGAUUGAUGCACGCAGGAAGAAACUGGGUAAGCGUACACUUCUACCUUUGAAGAAUGCAGAAAAGGAUGACUUCAUUAUUCCGACUAGCCUGAAGAUUCAUUCACAAGAGAGGAAUACCUUGAUACUGGCAUUGGUGAACUUUUUUCCUGUUGCAAUAUUCCUUGGUUUUGCCUUUCUUGUUGACCAUUUGCUGUAUGUAAUGCUAGCUACCAUCAGGAAGCAUUCAUUCGUUCAGUACUCAUUUCACAGUUCGCACCAUUUAGAGGUAAUUGUCGGAGGUGAAGGCAUGCUUGCACGGUUGCUUAGGAGAACUGUCGGAGCUCUCAACUCUUCAUCCAGCAUUGCUCUGGAAACUAACAAUCUACAGUGCCUUCCUGAUCCCACAGCUUUGACAAGAAAGGAUUACCUCAUCACGUCAGUGCCAGUAAUUGUAAUUUUCCUGAUGUGUUUCUUGCAAGUCUACCUCUUCCGGAUCCGCAGAGUUCUUGCAUCAUUCUACUUUCCAAAGCGGGAGAAGAAGCGUGUUUUGUUUCUUUAUAAUGAAUACCUUCGGAAGAGAGUCUCAUUUCUUGAACAGCUGAGAAAGAAGAUCAUGUGGAGAGCAAAACUUGGGAAAACAAAUGCGCAAGGAUUAAUGAAUAAGCUAUGCAAAUUAUGUGCCUGCCUCCAUCCAUACAUUCGCCGACGCUGCUUCGUUUGUGAGAGCCCCCAAAACAAGACGUCAGUAACUUGCCCAACACAGGACUGUGGUGUUAUAUACUGCCAGCUGUGCUGGAAAGACAUGCAGUACUUUUGUUUUGCCUGCACUCCAUAUCAAGACUUUGUAUCUGACAUAAGUGACAAUGAGGAAAUUGCAAGAUAUGUUGACUAAACAUGACAUUUUGUUACUGCCUCCUGCAAUGUAAAUUAAUAUUCACAGU